GUGUCGCUGACGUCACAGACCGGAGUUCUAGCCAACUCUUUGGAACGUUCGGAAGGUAACUUUUGUGUUCCUUCGGAACUUUGUGUAGCAAUUUCGGGAGCAGCGAUGGCGCCUGAGCGCGGAAGUGAUGGGCGCUCGCAGCCCGGCUGCAGCGCUACCGAGGGUCUGCCUCAGGCUUUCUUGCACAGCCUGAGGACCCUCUUCGACAUCUUGGACGACCGCCGUCGAGGCUACGUGCACUUGCGGGAGAUCGAGUCCCGGUGGCUGCAGCAAGGGAGCGAAGCUGGGGAGUUGCCCCGGGGCGUCUUGGAAGGGCUGCGGCGAGCCGCCCCGGCCAGCGGCUACCUCACCUUCGAGCGGUUCGUGCUGGGCUUGAGAUCCUCGCUCCUCAGCCCAGACAAAGGAGGCACCUCACCGGGCCCCGCCAACAAAGGCCCCGGGCGCCCCGGCGCCCCUGCUCCGAAAAGCAGAGGAGAAGCGGAGAAGGGGUGCGGACGCGGCGCCGGCGAGUGCGCCUCCCGGUCCCAGGAGAAGAUCGCCAGCGCGCCGGCGGAAUGCAAGAGAGCAGCAACCAAAGGUGGCAGUGGUGGUAUCCGAAAGCUGGCAGGGCAGGCUCAGUACGAGAGCACCUCCAAGCUGGUAGCAGAAGUGCGGAGGCAGCCAAGAGGCCGUGGUGAGCACAGAAGACACACCAUCACCAACGGGGUGGACUACAGCAUGCUGAAGCAGCUGAAGGAGCUGGAGAAGGAGAAGGACUUAUUGCUGCAAGGGCUGGAGCUAGUGGAGAAGGUGCGCGAGUGGUACCACCAGCAGAUCCAUGCUCUCCAGCAACGCCAGAAGCAGCUGGGCAGCGGAAGAGUUCACAUUGACUUGUUCGCAGAGGGCACCCUGAGCCACCAUCUCCUGCUCAAACUGCAAGCGCUGAAUCACUACCUCAGCGAGCUAUUGCCUCUCUCAGCAAAGCCACUGAACCCCAGUUUUGCAUUGGGGCAUGCGCCACCCUCUGCGCUCACGACCUCCCCUCCUCUCGUCGGAUCUCAGCAGGCCUUCAACAUGUUGAAGGAGCAGAAUCGUCUGCUCACCAUGGAGGUGACAGACAAAAGCGAGCGGAUCACCCAGCUGGAGCUGGAGAAGUCUGCUCUGAUCAAGCAGCUGUUUGAAGCGCGUGCUCACAGCCACCACGAAAGCAACCUGCUGGACUCCACCUUCAUCUAAGACCACCUUUGGACAUUGUGCAGGGCUGCAGGGAGCCACCAGCCCCAGCAGCUUGCAGGAUCCUGUGCAGCUGCAAACAAGGUGGCGACCUACACCUUGCCCUCACCCCUGCGCCAACUGGCCUUGGAUCCCUUUUACCUUGUGGCCAAGGCCUGAAAUCAUGACAUUGGGUGCAAUUUACUCUCCUGACGGUUGGGGAAAGGAGCGUUGAUGUGCAGGCCUGCAUUGCUCCAACCCAACCCAUUUCAGGAUCCAGAUUUGGAUUAGCUGCUGUUCCACCCCACCCCCCGGAAAUGCCGGCGGUGUUUGGUGUUUUUAUUUUAACUCCUGCCCUAUGACUCCAUUCCACUGAGUGUGGAUGUGGAAUUGGGGCUUUCACUCCAGUAUUGAUGGUCCGACCCGUUUCCCAUGGUUAGAAGUCUCUUCCUUGACAUGAGAAAGGAGAUUAAUGGUUAUCUUUAGGGUACCUGCAACUCAAUUAUCUUUAGAAUAUCUACAACUCAUUGACAAGCAUUCCACAUUGGGGGGACCGCAUGUACUCCAUGCUGGACCCAGCGGCAGAAUGUAAGCAUUCACACACACACCCCAGGGUGUUUGUGUGGGGCACCCCCCCCCAAGGGGGCCUGGGAUGAAGGAAGCCCGCUGCGGCUUGCUGAUUCUUCUCCACUCCACCCCUGGGUCAGUCCUGACCUGGGAGCAGAGCUUCAAGCUGGGUGCACACUGGAGCCAGGCUCCAGUGGGAGUCUGUUGUGGGGGCACCUGGUCAUGCCUCCUCCCAAAAAUGUGCCUGGGGAAACAGCCCCCCCCCCA